GUGUAUCCAUAUCUCAUAUUUUCAUUUCAUUUUUUGCAUAAUACAAAGUAUCUUAGAUCAUGUUAUCUAUAUAUAAUACACUUUAUUCCACCAAAAAAUCUAUAAAACAGUUUUUAGCCACCAAUAUGAAUUUUUUUGCUCAAACUUCGAACUCAGCUCCAAAUCUUUUGCUUUGGCUUCCUCUAAUAAUCUCACUUUUCCUUUUCCAAUGUCUUGCCAAUAGUUCUCAAACUACGAGUGUGGGUGUUAUCAUUGAUGUUAAUUCUGAAACAGGGAAACAACAGACAAAAGCCAUGCAACUUGCAGCUCAAAGAUUCAAUAGUUAUUCCACCAAUCAAAACAUAAUACUUUUCUUCCGUGACUCUGCAGGAAACCCUUUACAAGCAGCUUCAGCCGCUGAAGAAUUAAUUACUAAACAGAAAGUUAAAGUGAUUAUUGGCAUGGAAACAUGGCAAGAAGCAGCUCUUGUUGCUGACCUUGGAGCCAAGUUUCAAAUACCAACAAUUUCAUUUUCUUCUCCUCUAUUAGUCCCUUCAUCAUCAAUGCAACUUCGUUGGCCUUUCUUGAUUCAAAUGGCACAAAAUCAUUCCGCACAAAUGAACUUCAUAGCUGAUAUGUUACAUGCUUUCAACUCUAAAAAAGUUAUAGCUAUAUAUGAAGACAACCCUUAUAGUAGUGAUUCUGGAAUGUUAAGCCUCUUGUCUGAGGCUCUAGAAAAGGUUAACUCGCAGAUUGAGUAUCGAUUAGUUCUUCCACCAUUCACUUCUUUGUCUGACCCAAAAGGGUUUGUUCUUGAUGAAUUGUUGAAGUUGUUGCCGUUAAAAUCUCGUGUUUUUAUCGUACUUCAAGCAUCGUUACCUAUGGUCAACCAUUUGUUUAGAGAAGCUAAGAAAAUUGGACUAUUGGAGAAAGAUUCAUCUUGGAUAAUCAAUGAGGAGAUUACAAGCAAGUUGGACUAUGUAGAUAAAUCUGUCUUAUCUUCUAUGGAAGGUGUCUUGGGAAUCAAAACCAACUAUUCUAAUAGCUCUAGUGCUUAUACUCAAUUGUGUGAAAAUUUGCAAACUGAGCAUACAGAAAAAGUUGAGUCCAAACCAGGAUCAAAGGUUUUGCUAGCUUAUGAUAGCAUUUCAAUUGUCACAAAGGCUUUGGAGAAAAUGAAUUCUAACUCAAUUAGUUCAGAGAUGUUAUUGGAGGAAAUGGUAUCUUCCAAUUUCAAUGGCUUAGUUGGUGAUAUAAGAUUCGAAGAAAGGCAACUAUCCUACUCUCCAAUAUUAAGAGUCAUUAAAGUUGUUGAUAAUGAUAAUAAAUAUAUUGAAUUGGACUUUUGGACACCAAAGUUGAAGUUUGGUAGAUCUCUUAGUGAGAAAACAAGUGAUGGUACAACAGAAACUAAGACAUGGAAAGUACCUACAGUUACAAACCCUUUAAAAGUUGCACUUCCUAUGAAUCCUGCAUUUGAUAACUUUUUGAAAUUCUCUGAUAAUCAACCACCUACCGGUUUUUGUAUCGCUCUUUUUAAAGAGAUUCGAGAAAUUCUGAGUGACCAGUAUUCUGGUCUUCCCUAUAAAUUCGACCCCUUCAAUGAAACUUAUGAUAAGCUUUUGUGGAAAGUCAUAAAUGAGUCCUAUGAUGCUAUUGUAGGAGAUAUAACAAUACUUUCCGAGCGAUCAAGGAAUGUAUCAUUCACUCAACCAUAUACGGAGUCGGGCUUAUCACUCAUAUUUCCUGCAGAAAAUGAAGAUUCAGCAUGGUUGUUUAUGAAACCAUUUAGCUGGGAAAUGUGGUUUGCAACUGUUGUUAUCCUCAUCUACACUAUGUUUAUCAUUUGGUUCUUGGAACAUCACUUGAAUCCUGAAUUUGGUGGACCAUUGAAAUCACAGAUCAGCACCACUCUGUGGUUUGCAUUUACUUCUCUAUUUUUUGCUCAUAGGGAGAACAUAAGCACCAACACAGCAAGAGUAGUAGUUGCAGUAUGGUUAUCUCUUGUGUUUGUUCUAACCUCAAGCUACACUGCAAAUCUUUCAUCAUUGCUUACUGUCCAAAAAUUGAGGUCUGAGAGAGACAUUGAAUGGCUUAAACAAAACAGACUACCGGUUGGUUGUGAUAACAGCAGUACCUUUGUAAAGAACUACUUGGUCCAAGUGUAUAAUUUCCCCAGUGACCAAGUUGUAGAUGUUGAUAAUGAACAAGACAUUGUGGAUAAAUUCAAGAGCAAAAAAAUUUCUGCUCUUUUUCUUGAGAGCCCAUAUGAGAAGGUUUUCUUGAAUAAAUACUGCAAAGAUUACACUGGAACUACAGCAGCCUAUAAAUUUGGAGGAAUGGGAUUUGUAUUCCAAAAAGGGGCUCCAAUAGCAAGAGACUUUUCUGAGGCCAUUCUAACACUAGCAGAAAAUGGAAGACUAAAAACUUUGGAAGAAUAUUGGUUGACACCUUCUAAUAAAUGCUCAAACAACUCAGCUUCUCCAGAAACUGAGAGUCUGACUCUCGACAAAUUUUGGGGACUCUAUGUCAUAUGUGCUGCCACGUCCACCAUCUGCUUAGGACUAGCCUUAUUGAACAAGUAUCUCCAUAAACAUAACCACUAUGAAGAGGAAGCUCGUCAACUUUCUCAAAGAGAUGUCAUCGCCGAAUCUGAUGAUGAUAAUAAUAAUAAUGAUAUGAAGAAUUCAUCAAGAUAUGGUAGAGUAUUACAUAACGGGAAUCUUGCGACUUUAAAUAAAUCUGCAACUUUUGGAGGAAGUUUAAUACAAGGUGUACGUCGUAGAAAUUCGCCGAGGUUGGAGAGUGUAAUCAUUUCUGAUGAACCGGGCAAUCCACAACGCGCCCAAUCAGCCUCCCAAUCAGCUGUCAUAGAAAUGAUGUAAUCGCACAUUCAUUAUAAUUCAGUAUAUAUGUAAUAGAAUCACAUGUUAGUUGUUCAUUGUUCUGUAUAUAUCUUAGCUAGCCUUAAACACUCCAACCUGUAUUUAUUUAUUCUUAGUCAUUGUAGUAGUAGCACUAAUUACUCUUAAGCAUUAACUUGAAAACCUUGUUCAGCAGCAAAUGUUAAGCUUUAACUAUAUUAGCAUGUAUAAAACAGUUUCACACAA